GCAGCAGCCGGACGAGCCCACGAGGAGAGCCCCGCCGAUCUACCAGCCACUGUUUUGCAGCGAAUUCCUCGAGAUGCCGUCCACGGGAGAAGGUGCGCCGACAGACGAAUGAGAUGCGCGAGUAAAAAGUUGUCACGAUUCGGUGGGAAUUUUCAUCUGAGCGGCGGCAGGAUCAUUUGUGACUAUCCUCCGGUCUGGGAAGUUCCCUUGGGGGGGUGUUUCGUUAUGGCUUCAGGCGCCGGUAAGGCUGCACAGCCCCCCGGGCCGGGCUCCGCCGUUAACGGGACUGCGGCAGACUUCCCCAACAUCGAGCAGGAGCUGUACGACUACCAGAUGCACAGCAAGAUGUGCAAGAAGAUCGCUCAGCUCACCAAGGUGAUUUAUUCUCUGAACAUGAGGAACGAGGAGCAGGAGGCGGCUCUGCAGGCCUUGAGCCACGCCCACCACGACGAGCUCCACCGCAUCCUGAUGGAGACCUGUCACGAGGGGGAGGGCUCGGCAUUACGGACCCGCCUCCUGGAGCUGCAGGAGUCUCUGGAUGAGCAGCAGAGAGUUGGAGCCCAGGUGCAGGCAGACUUUGAGAUCUUCCGCAUCCAGGUGGAGGAGAGGGAGCGUGAAACUGAAGCGGAGCUGCGGAAAGAGUUUGAGGAGAAGCUAAAGGCUGCGGUGGGGGAGCUCCAGGAGGCCAAGGCCCAGAUCAGCGCUUCCCAGGAGGAGAGUGAUAGGCUGAGCAAAGACCUGGAGAAGGCCGGAGAGCAGAUCCAGGAGCUGGACGCCAAAUGCGAGGAGCUGCAGAAAUCGGCCGACGAGGAGAUAAAGAGGAAAGAGGAGGACAGACAGAGAGAAGAUGAGGAGAAAAAGAAAGAGAAGGAAGAGAGACAAUCAGAGCAGCGCGAGGACUUGGAAAGAGUUAAAGCCCUUUCGGAGGAGCUGAAGGCGUUGAAGGAGGAGAGGGAUCGAGCAGAGGAGGAGAAGAGGCGGGCGGUGAAAGAGGAGCGGGAGCGGUGGGAGCAGAAGGUGAACGACCUGAACGAGGAGAAGGAGGAGAUGAGGAAGAAGAUCGAGGCGGAGUGGAGGGAGGAGCGGCAGAGGUGGGAGGAGAGGGAGGAGGAAGAGAAGAAGGGGAUGCACAGCGCUCUGCGAGAAAGAGUGAAGAGGGCCGAAGCGGAGGUGGAAGGUCACCUGGAGAGGCUGGCUGAGAGCAAGAGGAGCACGGUGAAGCUGCAGGAGCGAAUACAGGACCUGGAGGAGGAGCUGGAGCUGGAUCGGAGGCGCGUGACGGAGGCUGAGGGCGUGGCCAAACGGGCGGAGGAGGAGCUGGCGGUCGCCAAGGAAAGGCUGCUGCUGCAGGAGGACGAGCUGCAGAGCAGAGCAGAGGAGCUGCUGAAUCGUGGAGGCUGCGAGGUGUGUGUUUGUGCUGAAAUGGAGGAACUGAGAAGCCAAGUGAGUCGUCUACAGAGCAGGAACAGAGAGCUGGAGCUUCAGAGCAGUGGCCGAAACAGCGACCACGCCCGGCAGAUACGCCAGCAUGCAGAAGCCUUGUCCAGUCUGCGCUCAGAGAUGGUGAGAGCCCAGACUGAGGAGCUGCGUCGCAUCCAAAAGCACGCAGAUGACGAAAGGGACAAGCUGCAGAAGGAGAUAGAAAAAGAAAGAGAAAGCCUGCAGACGGAGAGGGAGCAGGAAAAGGAUCAGUUCGACAAGGACAGAAACAAAAUGCGCAGAGAAAGAGACGAGGAGAAGGAGGCGCUGCACAAAGAAGUGGAAGAGGUGAGAGAACGUCUGAGGAGAGAGAAAGAGGAGGAGGUGGAUCGGCUGCGCAAAGAGCUGGAAGUCGAGAGGGUUCGGAUUCGAUCCCAGCUGGACAAGAACAUCGAGCAGGUCGAGGCGGAGAGAGCCAACGUGCAGCUGAAGCUGGAGGAGGAGAAGAAGAGGCUGGUGGAGAAGGCCGAGGAGGACAGGAAGCGGCUGAAGGAUCAAGUGCGGAAGGCGAUAGAAGAGGUGAUGAGGAGGCACGCGGCUGAACUGAACAGCGUCCAGGAAGCUCUGAGCUCAGAGAAGAAGACCAACCAGGAGGUGUGUGUGCGUUUGGAGGAGGAGAGGCGAGCUGCCGAGGAGCUCCGCAGCAGGUUGGAGAGGGAAAGAGAUGAGCUGGGGACGAAGCUGAAAGAUGCCACCAGUGAGGUUUCCCGGCUGGAGUCGGCGAUCCAGCAGAGAGACAAGAAAGAAAAGGUGGCUCCUGAAGCUGCACCCUCGUGUGGACCACAGUGCUCUCGCCUGGAAGAGGAGCUCCAUCAGGCCCGGAGUCGACUGGCUCGGAUUCAGGAGGAGGCAGAGAGGCAGCGAGACAGACAGCAGAGAGAGAUAGCGUCCCUGAGAGCCGACAAGCAUCGGCUGGAGGAGAAAGUCCUGGAACAGAGCCGGCUGAACACGGAGCGGAGUCUUCUCGAGCAGAGCCAGCGGCACACCGAGGACCGGAUCAGGGCAGAGUGUGAAGAUCGUCUCAGAGCAGAGUUCAGGAUAGAGAUGAACGCUGCCGUCGCUGAGAGUGAACAGAGGUGGCAGAACCGAGAGCAGGAGAUGCAGAGCCAGAUAUCUGAGCUGCAGGGUCAGCUGAGCGAGUCACAGGCGGAGAAGAAGAAGGCGGGACAGGGAGAUGAUUGCCACGGCAACCCCGAAAUUGAGAGGCUGAGAAAGGAGGUCCAAGACACUAAGGAGAUAAACAAGAAACUGAGGGACUUGCUGCAGGAGCCCCAAACCCAGUCUUCAACUGAGGAGAGACACAGUCACGCCAUGGCGCUGCAAGCAUUAGAGAAACAGGCAAAAGAAGAUCUGCUGUCUGAGAGGAACAGACUUCAGACAAUGCACCACCUGGAGCUCGAUAAGCAGCGUGCAGAGUUGACCCAGCAGCACACGGAGUGGAGCCGACAGAUGACCCAGAGACACAUGCAGCAGAUAGAAGACCUGCAGGCCCAACUGCAGGCACACACACAGAUGAUGGCUCUGCAACAGGACCUGAAGCAGCAGAACCAGUAUCAGGUGUUUGAGCGACAGCUGGAUGAGAGUCGCUGUGCCAUGCUGGAGCUGCAGAGGGAAAACACAGCGUUGAAGAAGCAGUUAAAGGAUCGGUCAGUGCAGAAAAAUUCAGAGGCCGAAGAGAAAGAAGAGGAAAGCGUAGAGCUGAGGAAGAAGAGAGACGCCCAGCUGGAAGAAGAAGCACAACGUCUGAAGGAGGAAGUGGAGAAACUGAGGGUGGAAAUGGAGAAACUGGAGGAGUCUCAGAAACACUGGGAGGAGAGGAAGGACGAGGACAUCAAGGAGGAGGAGCUGGACGAGGAGAAGAAGAAGGAGCGGGAGGAGGAGAAGAGGAGGGAGGAGGUGGAGGAGAUCAGGAGGGAGCACAAGAGGGAGAUGCAGAGUUUGGUGUCUGAAUACAGCAGCGCUCAGACUCACCUGCAGGCUCGAAUCGUGGCCCUGGAGAACGAGUUGCGCGAGCGGGAGGAGCGCUGCAGGAGGAGGGAGCCUCGAUGCGAUGACCUGCAGCUGGGGAGACUCCAGGAGAGACUGACGGAGAGAGACCAGCUCAUUAAACGACUAGUGGAAGAGAGGCAUCAGCUGCAGCUCCACCCUCCUGUUGCCGGGGACAACAGCACCCUCAGGCUCCGUGACAGCAGCAAGUCCCGCCCCGGGAGCGUCACGCCAACCAUGAGGAGGAAACGCGUGGAGUCGCCUCCUCGUGUCACCAGCAUCUCCGGCGCCGGCACCUACGACAGGAGUGUCUUCCAGCCCCACUCCUCGUCCUCGUCUUCCUCCUCCUCCUCCAUCCAUCAGCACUCCUCCUCCACCCUCCCCCACCAGUCCUCCUCCCACCCCCAGACCUCCCCCCACUACUCCACCUCCUCCCUUCCACACAAGCACACCUCCCUCUCCCUCAGCCAACAUUCCUCCCCCUCCCUCCCCCGCUCCACUAGGUCCAGGACCUCCUGCAUCCCUCCCACCCCGGCGCCAACCGCUCCUCUCCCCGUCUGCCCCUCUCCUCAGACGGGCAUACGAUACGUGUCCCCCUCCUGCCAGGAGCCACAUGCACACCUGCAGGCCCACUCAAUCAGGGGCCCGUACCUGGAGCAGCGGGGGACUGAAGGGCUGAAGCAGGAGUGGUUCACCAAAUACUUCUCCUUCUGAGCACAAAAACACAUGAACACACACACACACACACACACAUACAGCAGCUGCAAAUACAUCUCAUAUACAGUUCAUUGCUUCUUAUACACAUCGGUUUGCUUCCCACACACAUACACGACUUUUAAAACGCAGACCCACACACACACACACACACACACAAACAGACAAACACAUCGACAUAAACAGACAUACAGGCUCAUCACCAGCAAGGCCAUCUCAAACAUUGCCUCAAAGCUCAACCAAAAAGUGCUUCUCAAACACAUGCCUGACCUCUUCUCAGAACAUAAGGCCUGCCGGAUCUUGUUUGUAUCGUUUGGAAUGUGUCCAUAUCUUUUUUUAAAAGGCAGUCUUCCUUUUUUAAAUGCAACUGUUGCUCCGAUCUCAUCACACAAUUACUCCAGGCAAAUGUACAUUUCCUAAAGUCCAACAACCAAGUGUCUCUUUGAGUAUGGAAGCAUUCGACAUAUUCAACCAAGAUCCAUGUCAAAAUGGACACACGCGACUCACCAUACCAAAAUGAAGCUUGUUUCAAUGCAAAAAUGUAUAAAUAUCUUAAUGAAGAAAUUGAAUAAAAUAUUUUGUUUUUGUAAA